AUGAUUGACUCGAUAAAGGUCUUGUCGGGCACUGCCCAUCCAGAGUUUUCCGAGCUCAUCUGCAAGCAUCUGCAUGUUGAGCUUGGAAAGUGCACUUGCAACAAGUUCUCAAAUGGAGAGACGGGAGUGCUUAUACAGGAGUCAAUUCGAUCGCGAGAUGUCUAUAUCGUACAGCCUACAUGCUCUCCCAACGUCAACGAUAAUAUAAUGGAGUUGUUGGUGCUCAUUGACGCGGUGCGUCGAUCGUCCGCCAAGUCAAUCACCGCCGUCAUCCCAUACUAUGGAUAUGGCAAGCAUAACCGCAAGGAGAUGUCACGAGAGCCAAUCACAGGCAAGCUAGUUGCCAACAUGCUCGAGGUGGCCGGUGUCAAUCGUGUGAUCUCAAUGGAUUUGGAGGCCAGUCAGAUACAGGGAUUCUUCAACAUACCCGUGGACAACCUGUAUGCUGAGCCAUUGAUAGUCAAGUAUAUCGAGAAGAACAUCAAGGGCGAUCGUGUCGUAGUGUCGCCCUCUGUCGAUGGUGUCAAGCGUGCCAAGCUCGUCUCUGACAAGUUGAACUGUGACCUCGUAAUCCUCGAUCGACAGGCCAAAGAAGAGAGCGACAAUGACAUGCUACUCGUUGGAGAUGUAGUAGAUAGAGUGGCAGUAAUCAUUGGAAGUGUUGCAGAUACAUGUGAGACAUUGGCUUUGGCAGCUUCAGUGUUGAAGAGGCAUGGAGCAACAAAGGUAUAUGCGUUGGUUUCACAUGGCGAGCUCAGUGGCAACUCGAUUGAAACAUUGAACAACUCAGAGUUGGAGGAAUUGGUCAUCACAAACUCCAUUCCAGUGAAGCAUAAGCUGGAACAAAGCGCAAAGAUCAAGGUAAUCAAUGUGGCGCCAAUGUUCUCAGAGGCCAUCAGGAGAAUCGUCCAUGGAGAGUCUGUAACAGCCACCUCAUCCAAGUUUGUCAUCCUCUAA